AUGUUUCAGUCACAGACCCGACUGUUCAAGGGCAUUGAGUGUCCCAGUAUAAAACAGAAGAAGAAAUGCGAGUUGCCGCACUGUAUUUUCUCGCAUCCCAGAGCAGCAGCUGCUACUGCUGUAAAACGUGUGAAAGAAACUCCAGCAAAGGCUGCACCACCUCCAAAAAGAAAGGUCGUGUUCUCACCUGUUAUGCUGGAUCACCCGCCAGCCCAGCAUCAGCUACGCCUGCGCUAUUUGAGUGUCAUCCGGGAUAAGCUUGAAGAGGUGAAAUGCAACGAUCCCGAAGCAAAGGCAAUGGAACUCGAGAAGCAGACCGCAGAACGAAGUACAGCGGGUACUUAUGCCAAUAAUAUUCGCACUCUGGUUCGUGAAAUUUUGCGGGGCGAACACAACGAGGGUGCCGAAGAAGCUCGAGAAAAGCAGGCAGCCAAAAGUACUAGAUUGAAAUAUCGGGAGGAGUUGGCGAAACUGAUUAUACCCGAGUCUAAACUCAGCAAGCGCUAUAUUAUUGAAAUUCCUUCCGGAGAGGUCGAGGAAGAUAACAAGCCCGUGAAGUGCGACCGAUGCGGGGCCAUGUUUUAUCCUACAGAAGAGGCACCAGUAGAGUGCCACUUCCACUUGCUGCGACGAAAUUACAAUCUAGAAAAGAAAAAGCUCGAGGACGUAUUUCCCUGUUGUGGCCAGGUCCUUGGUGAGUCUAAUGGUUGCGAGCUUCGCAACACUCACGUCUUCAAGCUGUCGGCUCCCAGCGAGCUGCAUAAGGCCAUUCCGUUUCGCACAGUGCCCGACACCCCUGCAUCUUCCAAGUGGCUGUUCGGGGUGGCCAUAGACUGCGAAAUGGCCUACACGUCGAAAGGAAUGGAGCUGAUUCGUGUCACGGCGCUUGACUGGGACUCGGGCGACGUUGUGCUUGAUCGAACCGUUUUCCCGUCUGGCCGGGUGCUUGAUUUAAACACCCGAUUCAGCGGUGUGUCAGAUCUGAAUGAGGGAACCACCCUCAACUCCGUGCAUUACCCCACAUUGGACUUUGAGUCCGCAUUAACGGCCCUAUUCGAAUAUGUUGGCCCACAUACUAUUAUUAUAGGCCAUGGCCUUGAGAACGACCUCCAGACACUACGGCUGGUCCAUAACCUGGUGGUCGAUACGGCCAUGCUCUACCCCCGCCAUGCUACCCGGACGCAUUCUCUGAAGCAGCUCGCAUGGACGUAUUUGAGUCGAAAUAUUCAAAGCGGCGAGCACGACAGCUACGAAGAUGCUGGUGCAGCUAUGGAUAUAGUAAAAGCGGACAUACGUUCGCGAUUAAAGCUAUAG